AUGCUCAUUAUCGGACUGACUGGCUCAAUAGCCACGGGCAAGACAACCGUAUCAACCAUCCUCUCAACACCUCCCUACUCCCUCCCAAUAAUCGACGCAGACGUUCUAGCCCGCAAGGUUGUCGAACCCGGCACAGCAGGCUACAAAGCGAUCGUCAACUAUUUCGGCCCAAGCACCCCAGACCUCCUCCUCGAAGAUGGCACCAACCCAUCCGGCAAACCCCUAAACCGGCCGGCAUUGGGCCGACGCGUCUUCGGCAGCACAGAAGAGCGCAAACGCGACCGCGGAGUUCUAAACGGAAUCGUUCACCCGGCCGUCCGGUGGGAAGUCUACAAAGCCCUGAUCUACCAUUAUCUGCGCGGACAAUGGGCUGUCGUACUUGAUGUCCCGCUCCUCUUCGAAAGUGGUAUGGAUUUAAUCUGCGGCACGGUGAUCGUGGUUGGUGUUCACGAUCCGGAGAUCCAGAUGGCUCGUCUGCGAGCCCGAGAUGCGCAUCUUACCGCUGAGGAUGCAGAGAACCGGGUGCGCAGCCAGGGUGAUGUGCGCAUGAAGGCUGCGCAGGCUGAGUUCCGGGGGACGAUGACGGCGCGCGGAGUGGUAGUUUGGAAUGAUGCGGAUCGGGAGGAGUUGGAGCGGGCGGUCAAGGGGGCUAUGGCUAGUAUUGCGGCGUCUAGUCCGCGGUGGUGGGCUUGGGCAUUGCUUAUGGCGCCUCCUGUUGGAGUUGGGGUUGCUGCGUGGAAUUUGGUGGUGAAUUUUGCGACGCAGAAGGGGUGGGAGAAGAAGAAGAAUGAGGAGAAGGCGAAGUUGUAG